AUUCUAUUAGCAGUUCGCUUGUUUGUUUGUUUGUUUGUUUGUUUGUUUGAUUGAUUGUUAGUUAGUUAGUCUGCGAACUGAGAAUAAACAGACGGAAAAUGUCGGAGGUUGAUUCUGAGGAACUGAUAGAAGAACAGCCAUUUCAUGGAGAGUAUGAAGGUGAUCGGAAUGAAGAAGGAGAGAGGCAUGGUACUGGGAGAGCAGUGCUGUCCAAUGGAGACAUCUAUCAGGGACUGUAUGAACACGGCAAAAGAUCUGGACAGGGAACCUACAGAUUCAAGAAUGGGGCUCGAUACAUAGGGGAGUAUUACAUGAACCUGAAACAUGGGCAAGGUGUUUUCUAUUACCCUGAUGGGUCCAAGUAUGAUGGCUCAUGGGUGGAAGACCAGCGUCAGGGUCAUGGGAUUUACACAUAUCCUAAUGAAGACACCUAUGAUGGGGAGUGGCUACAGCAUCAAAGACAUGGGCAAGGUGUGUACACAUACCAUGAAACAGGUUCUAAGUAUGUUGGUACGUGGGUUAUGGGCAAGAUGGAGUCAGUGGGAGAGAUAAUCCAUGCAAACUACAAAUACCAGGGCAACUUUCAGAACAAUAAUCCCUCAGGUCCUGGGAAGUAUGUGUUUGACACUGGAAUUGAGCAGCAUGGGGAGUAUCUGCAGGUAGAUCAGGAUAAAGGAGAUGUAAAAGACGAGGAGCCCAUCACUACCACUGUUCUGAAAUGGAAACCCAAAGUUUUGACGUGCUCAUCACCUUGUGCCUCUGAUCUACCAUCUCUCAAAGAUAAUGCCUCUUCAGGCCAGGGCAUGUCUGAGGAGGGAUAGGCUCAGAUGCCAUCAGAAGAGCAGGACAUAAGGCAGAGCCCAGCACCAGAAACCAGUUAAUCAUUAAUGCAAAUGACAGAGAUACUGGAAUAUAUGUAAGAAGUAACACACGAUAGACUGCAGUUAUAUGGAAAUAAUCCACAGAUGGGGUGAUGUGAUACAGCCCGACCCAAAGCCGAGCGCUGUUACCACCAUGAGGUGGAUUAUUUUCAUAUACCCACACAGUCUAGACUCUAGACUGUGUUAUUCUGCUAAUAGCACAGCAAUUUUGAAAUGUUGUGAUCACUGGCAUUUACGAAUGAACAACACAUCUCACUGUUGAACAGUUUAAGUUAGAUUUAAUGCUGUGGAAUAUCCUGGAGUUAGUUAGCACCUAUUAACACUUACUUACAUUAUAAUAGCACAUCAUCAAAGUCUCUCUCUCUCUCUCUCUCUCUCUCUCUCUCUCUCUCUCAGAAAACACAGCUUGUCAUAUUUAGUGAGAAACUCUGUCCUCCAGACUUUCCUGUGCUGGGAAACUUUGAAAAGCUCCAUGACUAUUACAAAGCGCAGACUUACACAUAAAUGCUAAAUAAAUGUCUCACAAACAAACAAA